CCCUCAAGCUCGCAUAUCUUCGCGCAAGCCCUAGCUUCUCAAAUCCCUUCCAAUAUCUUCUCCUUCCAUUACUUCCCUCUCUUCAAGUUUCAGCCACACAAGUCAAGUUUCAAAGGCAACGCGAACACAACCAUGGCAAAUGCAGCUUCCGGAAUGGCGAUCCAUGAUGAUUGCAAGUUGCGGUUUUUGGAGCUCAACACAAAAAUGACUCACAGGUUCAUAGUUUUCAAGAUUGAGGAGAAUCAGAAGCAAGUCAUUGUGGAGAAGCUUGGUGAGCCAGCUCAAGGCUAUGAAGAUUUCGCUGCUUGCCUCCCUCCUAAUGAGUGCCGCUAUGCUAUAUAUGAUUUCAAGUUCUUGACCGAAGGCAAUAUCUCCAAGAGCAUAAUUUUCUUCAUUGCUUGGUAAUUAGAUGUUUGCUUGUUUGUUUGUUCAUAUGCCUACUGGUUGCUUUUGCUGUUGAUUGAUAUUAAUUUGAUUUUCGUGUGCCUUUGUGCUUUUGUGAUAUUAAUUUGAUUUUCUAGUUAUAAAUUAAUCUCUAAAUAGUUGCAUUGUGCUACUUGUUCCAAUUUUUCUUGCGUACUACUUGAAUAGCAUGAUGAGGUUCAAAAUUUUAAAUUUCUUAACCCUGUGCGUUUCUUCUUUUUGACAGUUU